AUGAAUGCUGCCAACUUAAAUUUGGAGAGAGAUUAGUAUAAGGAUUUGUUAAAGUGCAUUAAAGAUGAAUCUUAAUAAAAUGCUUUGAGAUAUUAAAGUAACACCCACUUCCAUUAUAAGUAUGAGAAAAAAAGAAAAGAAAAAAAUGAAUCUGAUCAUAAAGUAUAAUUAGUACUGCCCAGUAUAGAAAAUAGUUCUUUAGAAGACAUUUCAUAACAUUUUCAUUCUAUUAGAAGAAUUUAAGCAGGAGCAUAUCAUUAAUUGCAAGCCAAUAAAUCUUAACAAAAGUUUAUUUAAUAGAGUUUUAUGGAGCUAGAGUAAUCAAAAAUGUCUUAGACAGUAAGAGAUAUAACAAUUAGUGAAAAAAAAUAUUAAUGCAAUCAACGUAAGGUUCCACAUAGAGAGCAAUUAACAUUGAAAUAUUUAGAAAAAUAAUUGGGAAUAUGUAGUAGUCCAGAAAGACAAUAAUUACCAUAGAUUUAAAAGUAGAAUUAGUCGAAAAGAAAAAUUACUGAAGAUGAAGAGCAGCAUGAUUAGUCAAUUUUAACCUUUUUUGAAGAAACAUUGAAUUCUUAUUCUUAUGCUGUUCCAAGUAGAAGAGAAUCAACAUAAAUAGCAAUAGUUAGAGAUAGAAUGUAUGUUUUUGGAGGAAUGAGUGGAGCAGGAAUAACAAAUGAGAUGUGGUGGUUUGAUUUAAGUAUUUAUUUUAUAUUAAUUUGUAGACAGGUAAGAAUGGUUUAAUUAUUGUUCAGAUAUUGAAUUAUUUAUAACAAAUCAUUCAAUGGUAGUCUGGAAAAAUUAUUUGAUUUUAUUUGGAGGGUCAGGAUAUUAUGAUCAUAAAAUGAAAAUUCGAGAAGUGUUUUCAAAAAUUGCAUAAUUUAAUACUUUAACAAAUCAAUGGACUGUAACUUUUGAGUCUGUAGAGCCAAGACGAGAACAUAAAGCAUCAGUACUCUUUGGAAAAUUAAUGGUUGUAACAGGAGGAAUAGAUUCUGCAGAGAAAUUAUUAAAUGAUACUCUUGUAUAUUCAUUAGAAUCAAAAAGAUGGACAGGUUAGAAAAUAUUAUUUGAAGAAGGAAUAGCCUAACAUGCUCAAUGUACAGCAUAUGAUUUUAAAAGAAAUAUUGAAACAGUAUAUAUUUAUGGAGGAUAAACUGCUAAGCUUGCUUCAUUUCCUUUAAUGAGAAUGCUUUUUUUUGGUCCUCAUCCAAUUGGAUGGGAGAAGGUUUAAACAAUAGGAUUAGCACCAGAUAGUAGAUACAAUCAUACUAUGGAGAAUGUUGGAGAAUAUUUAAUUUUACUUGGUGGAAGAUCUUAAGAAAGGAAAGAGUACUAAAAUGAUAUUUUUAUUUUAAAUCUCUAAACUAAUAUUUGGACUAUUGCCUAAAGGUAAGGCUUACAGACAAAACGAUGGAGUCAUGCAAGCUGUGUAAAUGGAACCAAUAUUUUAUGCUUUGGUGGAAUCGGGGAAAGCACUUAUUUACCUCCUCAUAUCUACUAAAUUGAAACUGACACUUUAAAAAUUAAAGGUAAAAUUGUCGUUGUGAAACCACUUAGUGUCAUUAAUGAAGAAUAAGCCAAUAAUCAUCAUCAUAUGAUCAUUACUAGAGAACAUGAUUUUGAUAUGAAAAAGCCAUCUAAACUGGAAAAAUUUAGAAAAGCUCGUAAAAUGUAUGAAACUAUUGUUACUUAUUUACCUCUUCCCCAACUUAAAACUCCUAAGAUGAGAUAUGAUAUUUUGAUUCAUUUUGUUAAAACCAUAUUGAAACAAAUAGGCUACAUUUGA